AUGUCCUUUCUUACUGGCACCACAUACAAUGCAGAGGAGAAAAUAUGGUCGGGUCCGAAAUACAAGCAAAUCUACAGCCCCAAGAUGACGGUGGGCGAGGCCAUUGUCUUGCAAUUGCGUAAGACACCCAAAAAAGUGAUACAGAUUUUAGAAUCUACCGGAGAAUCUCUAACGGCCGAGGACUUUUUGGACCAUAGUAUGUCCUUGGCCAAAACACUGCUCGAUAUGGGCUUGACAGCUGGUGAUAUUGUGGGUGGCUAUGCCAAACAUUCCCUGCAUUUGGGCACUAUAAUGUUGGCAUCGUUUUUGUGUGGCAUACCCGUUCAUGGUGUGUUCCAGAGUUUUGAAAAGGAAACCAUUGCCAGCAUAUAUGACACCACCCGCCCAAAAUUAAUCUUCUGUGAUGAGGAAAAUUAUGAAAAUGCCCUCUAUGCCCUGGAGUCACGGAAAUUAGAUGCCAAAAUUGUUCUAAUGACCGGUGACAUUCCGGGUGUGUUGAACAUCAAAGAUUUGGUUAAGAAACGUUCGGACAUUCCAGAUCUAUCGGAAUUUCCAUGUGCCAAACUUUGCAGUGCAGAUACAGCUGCCAUAUUGAGUUCAUCGGGUACCACGGGUACACCCAAGGGUAUUUUGUGCUCCCAUGAGGCUAUGCUUCACAAUUAUCUAUACCUCACCGUUAACUCGGAUUCCGUUAUGAUGUGUUUCAGUUCAAUGUAUUGGUCGACGGGCAUUUUGAAUUUCGUACAAAGUUUAUUAUUCUCCGCCCUGCGCAUUGUACCCGACAGACCCUACACUCCCGAUUAUUUCUUCGAUAUGGUCGAACGUUAUAAGAUCACACAUUGCUAUGCAACACCUUCACAAAUUAUCGACUGGGUUACCAAUCACAAUAAGGAUAGGGUACGCAAAGCUCUUCGAUCCAUUGAUACUCUGUUUAGUGGCGGCACAAACAUUCCACAAUCGAUACAGGAUCAAAUUAUUGAACUUCUAUCGGAUAAUAAGAAAUGUCCCGGUUUUGCCAUGGGUUAUGGUACAUCGGAAAUAUUCAUCGCCGCCACUGUCAAUGGUGGCUACCCCUUUAAAUACAAGCCACAAACCGAGGGUCAACUAUGGCCAAAUCGUGAAAUUUGCAUUGUCGGUGAGAAUGGUGAACGUUUGGGUCCAAAUGAAAAGGGUGAAAUUUAUGUUCACAGCACCCACACAUGGUUGGGUUAUUACAAAAAUCCCAACGCCACGGCACAGGCGAAAGAUGGCAAAUGGACAAGGACCGGUGAUUUGGGUUACAUCGAUGACGAGGGGUACCUGCAUUUGAUGGGACGCACCAAGGAAAUAAUCAAAUGGCUUAGUUUCCAGAUUAGUCCACAGGCGGUUGAGGAGGUGCUACAACGACUGCCCGGUGUUGGACAUGUGUGUGUCUUUGGUGUACCCGAUGUGGCAAGUAUCAAUUUGGUGGCAUGCGGCAUUGUCAGAAGCCAAGAUGAAGCCGGCGAAAAGUUGACAGUCGAUAUGGUCCACGAAUACAUCAAAAAGGAAAUGGAUGGUUUAUAUUUGCUGAGGGGUGGUGUUUAUUUCUUGGACUCACUGCCACGCACCGAUACCGGUAAAGUGCAACGUAUGAAGAUGUUGCAAGUUAUUGAAGAAAUUGAUAGAUAA